UUCCUCUCCACCCCCAGUCCCCCCUCCUGCCUGCUGCCUACGACCCACUCUCAGAUCCAUCCCCAACACGCGAAGACCGAGCCCAGCGAUGCCGCCGCCGCCGCCGCCGCCGCAGGCCAACGGGGCGAAGGUGACCCCGAACCUGGCCAUGGACGCCGAGGCCACGCGCAUGCUCAACCUCACCGUGCUCCAGCGCCUCGACCCCGCCGUCGAGGACAUCCUCAUCACCGCCGCGCACGUCACGCUCUACGACUUCAACAUCGACCUCAACCAGUGGAGCCGCAAGGACGUGGAGGGGUCGCUGUUCGUCGUCAAGAGGAACUCGCAGCCGAGGUUCCAAUUCAUUGUCAUGAACAGGCGCAACACUGAUAAUCUGGUGGAGGAUCUAUUAAGCGAUUUUGAAUAUGAACUUCAGCCCCCAUAUUUGUUGUAUCGAAAUGCUUCACAAGAAGUAAAUGGUAUUUGGUUUUAUAACCAACAUGACUGUGAAGCUGUUGCAAGCCUUUUUGGAAGAAUACUGAACGCUUACGCCAAAGUGCCUCCAAAACCAAAAGUGCCUUCCACCAAAAGUGAGUUUGAAGAAUUGGAGGCUGUUCCGACAUCUGCUGCAAUAGAUGGCCCCCUUGAACCUCCGCCAUCAUCCGGUGCUCUAGUUUCUGAUGCACCUGAUGAAUCACUGGCCAAUUACUUCAAUGGUGCUGCUAGCAUUGGGAGUGUAUCAAGUGCACAAAUGGCUGGAAGAGCUCAUCCAUCCACUGAAGCUGUUGCAUCUGCCCAUGUGCCAUUGAUUGUUCCUUCUGCUACUCCAGCACAUCAAAUACCUCAUGCUUUAGGGGGUUCAUCAGCUCCACCACUGCCCCUCCAUGACGCAAACGCCCACGCCAGCCAUUCAACAAAUCUUCUAACACCAGCUUUCUUUGCACCUCCAUCACCCUCUUCAACAUCUGUAGCAUCUGCACCACCAGCUGCAUCCAUGAUGCCUACGGCGCCGCCUCUUCAUCCAACUUCAGCAUCUGCUCAACGUCCUCCUUAUGGCACCCCCUUACUCCAGCCUUUCCCCCCACCGACUCCACCUCCUUCCCUGACCCCUGCAUACAACGAUGGGGCUCUUAUUUCAAGGGAUAAAGUUAAGGACGCCCUCCAAAGACUUGUUCAGAGUGAUGAGUUUAUCGAUUUAAUCUGUCGUGAGUUGCAAAAUGCGCACAUGUAGACGUCGAAUUGGAAUUCAUCUGAAAACAAAGAUAGUCUGUAGGGAGUUGCUUGUUGUGACAAGAUUGUCUGGGGUCUUUUUUUCCUGUGAGUUUUGAAUGAUUUAUUUGUCAAAACUUCUGUAUAGCUUGUUUUAAUGUAGAGUGCUUAUAGCAAUGUUUGGUAUUAUUUCUCCUGCUGGUUUCCAAAUAACUUGUAUUGUCAUAUAGUAUUUUUUAUGUAACCGAGCACCAAGAAUGUUAGAUUCGUGGAGGCCCAUUUCGGGUCGCGCGGAUUUGUAAAACAAGACUUGUGCAGGAAUAUUUAAAUACCGUAUUUUUCGUGUGAUUGAUUUA